AUGGCCUCAAAAGAUGAACUGGAACUCGCUUUUGUGGACCUUGGGCGAGAUCCUGAAGAGCUUGUUGGGGCCUGUCUUCGUCCCGUUUGGAGCUGUGUUGACGGAUAUCCUGGCCCCCCAACUACCGCCUCGACAUCGCAGAAUACAUCGAUCUCGAGCCUGGAACAACCGCAAGAUCCAUUGGGCCAAGGUGGAGCCUUUUCCGACUGGCAGAAGUAG